UCGCCGCCGCUCGGGGCCGUGCGUGGCUGUCCCCGGCGCUGUCCCCAGCCCCUGGCGUGCAUGGCCGAGCGCGGGCGGCGAUGGCAGCGCGCUGAUGGCCCAGCUCGCCAUGGCCGCCCGGGACGAGCUCUACAGCAAAGUCAUCCCGCGCCGGGGCCGCCAGCACCGCGCCGGGACCAUCAAACAUGGCUCUUCGCUGGACAUCCUGCUCUCCAUGGGCUUCCCCAAAGCACGGGCACAAAAAGCGUUGGCAUCGACAGGAGGAAGGAGUGUUCAAGCAGCAUGCGACUGGCUCUUCUCCCACGUGGGUGACCCGUUCCUGGACGACUCGCUGCCCCGCGAGUACGUGCUGUACCUGCGCCCCACCGGGCCCCUGGCGCAGAAGCUCUCCGAGUUCUGGCAGCAGUCCAAGCAGAUCUGUGGCAAGAACAAAGCCCACAACAUCUUCCCCCACAUCACCCUCUGCCAGUUCUUCAUGUGUGAGGACAGCAAGGUGGACGCCCUCACGGAAGCCCUGCAGGCCACGGUGAUGCGCUGGAAAUGCAAAUUCCCCGCGCCCCUGCCCCUGGAGCUCUACACAUCCUCCAACUUCAUCGGGCUCUUCGUCAAGGAGGACAGUGCUGAGGUGCUCAAGAAGUUUGCUGCAGACUUCGCUGCAGAGGCGGCUUCCAAAGCAGAUGUGCACGUGGAGCCCCACAAGAAGCAGCUCCACGUGACCCUGGCCUAUCACUUCCAGAGCAGCCACCUGCCCACGCUGGAGAAGCUGGCCCAGAGCAUCGACGUCAAGCUGGGCUGCGACUGGGUGGCCGCCAUCUUCUCCCGCGACAUUCGCUUCGUCAACCACGAGACUCUGCAAGUGAUCUACCCCUACACCCCCCAGAACGACGACGAGCUGGAGCUGGUCCCGGGGGAUUUCAUUUUCAUGUCCCCAGUGGAGCAGAGCAGCACGAGCGAGGGCUGGAUUUAUGGCAUUUCCCUGGCCACUGGCUGCUCGGGGCUGCUGCCUGAGAACUACAUCACCAAGGCGGAUGAAUGUGGCACCUGGGUGUUCCAUGGGUCCUACUCCAUCCUGAACACCUCAUCGUGCCCGUCCCUCCAAGCCUUUGCUGAUGGAGCUCUGGAGAGAAGGCAGCAGGAGGACCAAGGGCCAGGAGACGCUGGGCCUCUCACCAUCAUCUGCCAGAACGUGCAGCCCCUGAGGAUAAGCAGCCAGCCGGGCCCUCAGAAGCGCUGCCUGUUCGUGUGCAGGCAUGGAGAGAGGAUGGAUGUGGUGUUUGGCAAGUACUGGCUGUCCCAGUGCUUCGAUGCCAAAGGCAGGUACAUGCGCAGCAACCUGAACAUGCCUCACAACUUACCUCAGAGGAGUGGUGGUUUCAGGGAUUAUGAAAAGGAUGCUCCCAUCACCGUGCUGGGCUGCACCCAGGCCAGGCUCGUGGGUGAAGCCUUGCUAGAAACCAACACCAUUGUAGACUACAUCUACAGCUCGCCCUCGCUGCGCUGCGUGCAGACGGCCCACAACAUCCUGAAAGGCAUGCAGCAGGAGAACAGCCUGAAGAUCCGGGUGGAGCCAGGAUUGUUCGAGUGGACCAAGUGGGUGUCGGGGAGCUCGCUGCCCGCCUGGAUCCCGCCCGCAGACCUGGCUGCAGCCACGCUCAGCGUGGACACAACCUACAGACCUCAUAUUCCUGUCAGCAAGUUGGUGGUUUCUGAGUCUUACGACUCCUACAUCAGCAGAAGCUACCAAGUGACGAAGGAAAUCAUCAGUGAAUGUAAAGGCAAAGGAAAUAACAUCCUGAUCGUGGCUCAUGCCUCCUCCCUGGAGGCCUGCACCUGCCAGCUCCAGGGGCUGUCCCCCCAGAACUCCAAGGAUUUUGUACAGAUGGUCCGAAAGAUUCCCUACCUGGGCUUCUGCUCCUGUGAAGAGCUGGGGGACACCGGCGUGUGGCAGCUCACAGACCCCCCCAUCCUCCCUCUCACCCAUGGACCCACCGGGGGCUUUAACUGGAGAGAAACGCUCCUGCAGGAGUAGGAGCAGCAGCAAGGACAGCCCUGCCCAGCUGGACAAUGCCUCUUCUUCCUCCUCUUCUUCAUCAUCUUCCUCCUUGUGUUUUAUUGCCAGCAGGAAAAUCCCUCCUCACCUGUCCCGCGCAUCCC